CUAUGUUCAAUCCUACAGGUUCGAAAGACAAGCCCUUAUGUAUGGAAUUUUAGAAAGAUAAUUGCAUUAAACCUCAAUGUACAUUAGAACAUAAAUAUUGGCCAUGUCCUGAUUAUGACAAAGGAUUUUGUUAUUUGGGUCCUUCAUGUGAUAAGUUAAAAUUGUAUCAAAACUUUUAGAAAACACAUAGUAAGGAAAUUAUGCAUGGAUUAUGUAUAUGGAUUUUGUAAAGAUGGACCUGAAUGCAAAAUGCAACAUGUCAAAUUAUUCGACUUGAAUGAUAGAACUUAAGAACUCAAAUUUACAGAAAAAUUUUACUCAAAAUUAAAAUAAGAAUAAGCUACAUUCAAAUAAAGUGAAAUAAAUGUUAAACCAGUCAUCUGUAAAUCUUGUUAGGAAGUUGGACACAAAUCAAAUGUCUGUAAGAAGACUUUAAGAUUAAGUCCAAAUAGAAAAAUAUUAUGCGGUAUUUGUGAAACUGAACAUACCAUCUUAGAAUAGGGGAAAAAGUAAGAUUGUCAAUAUAAAAUCCCAUUGUCAUAACAAUAAUAAUUAUUUUAACAACAAUCUUCAUAGUAAUGAGAGG